CCAGGAGGAGUGGCCUUACCAGGGCAAGCAGCGCAACAUGCAGGUAGACCACAUAAAGCCUGAUCAGAGCAAAGAUCAGCAGCAGUUUGGACUGAAACAAUGACACGGACUCUCCUAUUGUUGCUCGUCUUCCUGAACGCCUCGCUCAGGCCCUCAGAAAGCCACAACCCAACCUUUGAGGUGGGGAAAGACUAUGAGGUGGUUCGACCUGUCAGACUUCAUGCAGUAAGGAAAAGAAGCACAGAGUCCCUCAGACCAGAGACGAUUAAAUAUGCAAUGACUGUUGGAGGAAGAGACAUUCAAUUACAACUUGAGAAAAACAAUGAGUUACUAACCCGUAACUACACAGAAACCUACUACCAAGAAGAUGGAACCCGGGUCACCACUAGCCCACAUGAUGUUGAUCACUGUUAUUACCAUGGGAAGGUUGUGAAUGACAGCGAGUCAUCUGCUAGCAUCAGUACAUGUGAGGGACUAAGGGGUUACUUCAGGACGUCUGACCAGCGGUACCUGAUUGAGCCUCUCUCUGGCGGCGACGAGGCCGACCACGCUGUGACGACCGUAAACGACGGGAACUUGACGCCUGCGGUGUGUGGCGUUACAAACACCUCCUGGGAGGACGACAUGGAGCCGCCAACAAGCCGGAGCCGCUCCAGAUCUGGGGGUGUUCCUGUUCUACUGCAGGAGAAAUACAUUGAACUCGUUCUUGUAGCUGAUAAUCGAGCGUACAUAAAGAUGAACAGAGAUCUGACCAAGCUGAGACAGAGGAUAUUUGAAAUCGUCAACUUUGUCAACAUGGGAUACAAACCCCUGAAGACGUUUAUCGGUCUGGUGGGUCUGGAGGUCUGGUCCAACAACGACCUGAUCUCUGUGACCAACCCUGCUAACGCCAACCUGGAUGCUUUCAAGGCCUGGAGAAACUCCGAGCUGGUGAAACGGAUAAAACACGACAAUGCACACCUCAUCAGCGGGAUCGACUUUGAAGGAGCCACCGUGGGUCUGGCUUACAUCGGGACUCUGUGCGGUGACCACUCGGUCGGGGUGGUACAGGAUCACACCGACCGAGCCAUUGCAGUGGGAGCGACUCUGGCCCACGAGAUGGGCCACAACCUGGGCAUGAAUCACGACGACUCCAGUGGCUGCUCUUGUUCUGGGGACAGCUGCAUCAUGGCCGCAGCGCUCAGCUAUAAUAUUCCACGCACGUUCAGUAGCUGCAGCUUCGCCAACUAUGAGAGGUACCUGACCAGCCGCAACCCCAGCUGCUUGUUCGACAAGCCAGACUUCACCAGGAUCGUGGCUCCAGGGGUCUGUGGGAACGGAUUUUUGGAGAAGGGAGAGCAGUGCGACUGUGGCUCUGUGCAGGAGUGCACCAACCCAUGCUGCAACGCCACCAGCUGCACCCUGACCGCAGGGUCACAAUGCGCUGAAGGCGAGUGCUGCGACAACUGCAAGAUCCAGCCUCGCUCCAUCGAGUGCCGCAGGAAGCAGGACGACUGCGACCUGGCGGAGUACUGCGACGGGAAGAGCGCCACCUGUCCCGAGGACGUGUUCACUGUGAACGGGCUCCCGUGCGAUAAGGGCCUGGGCUACUGCUACAACGGUCAGUGUCCACAGAGGGCAGCGCAGUGCAAGAAGGUCUACGGCAACGACGCCGAUGAGGCUCCUUCAUCCUGCUACAACUACAACACCAGAGGAGUUUACUAUGCUUUCUGCAGACGCCUCUCCGACACCAACUUUGUUCCCUGCCAAAAACAAGAUGUUUUGUGUGGGAAGCUCUUCUGCCAGGGCGGCAAUGUGAACCCAAUCUACGGCCAAAUGGUCUCAAUAGGUACCUGCAAGGCGGCGUUCUUUUCCGACUACACCAAAGACUACGGGCAGGUGGAUGAAGGCACCGUGUGUGGAGAGGGAAAGGUGUGCAGCCAGAACCAGUGCAUGAAUGUCGAGAGUGCGUACAGAAACACAAACUGCUCGGCGAAAUGCCCCGGCAACGCUGUGUGCAAUCACAGGAGUGAGUGUCAGUGCCUGCCCGGCUGGUUGCCUCCUAACUGCGGAGCAAAGGAUGAUGCUUUCACUUCUCUGUCCACCGGGGCAAACAUCGCCAUCUCCCUGGCUGUCAUUCUGGUGGUCCUCGGCCUGUUUUUGGGGGUCGUGGGGUUCAUGUGUAGGAAGAAACGCAGUCCAACCUUGCCAGUUUCACAGACGCAGAGAAAAGCCGCAGCAGUGAGCAGCUCUGCGCCUCACGUCACCCAGGAAUACACCAUCAGUCAGCCCAGCCCACUCAGACAGGCACCGAAACCCAAAGGAGCUCCGCCUCCUCCACCUCCAGCAGGGAACCGACCCAAACCCCCGAGCCAGAACUACAGCGCUGCGCGCCAGGCUCUGAGACCCGUACCUCCCCCAAAGGUCUGAUGUGCAGCCUGGCGCCAAGUGUUAGUGCAGCAGGGGAGACCUUCCCUCUGGUCUUCAACUAGAGGCAGCUGGCAGGCCACAGGGACAGAGUCCUGUUUUCAUCAACACCAACAGGAAGUACACCUGAACCCCAACAGGAAGUACAAACUGAACUUGUGUGGCACCCUACUAUGGAUUUCACAGGGAUUCACUUCUGUUUUCUUAUGGCCCAUUUUUGUACUGUACAUUAAACUGGCCCUGACUGUAAUUAAUGUAUAUUAUUUUAUAACAUUGUUGAAACAGACCUGCUUUUAGCUGCAGGCUUUGUUUCUCUGUGACUCCUGUGGAACCGGCCCGUUUGAAAGCGACACGUUGGACCGCAGUUACUGCAUGUUUGCAUUUCAUGUUCCAUAUCAAGCCAUGUCUUUGUUCAUAAGAAACUGUGAAAUAUGUGUUUAUAUUUAUAUUUUAUUUACAUCGUCAGUGUAAUGUGCAAGCGGCGGCGGCGUCGUAAAGUUGUUUCUUAGCUCGUGUUUACAUCAGAGUCGACAAAUCAUCAAAUGUCUGCUGGUGGUUUAACUUCAUUUCCAGGAGAAUAAAUCAAAACGUUGGCAAACUGAGCUCACGGUACCUGA